AUCAAAGAUGAAGGGGAGAAUGGGCCUGUUCUCACAUUCUCCAAUGAUGACAUUCAGCAAUUCUCCUCCAAAUACAAGUAUGGAGUCACUGGAAGAAUGGCAAAAGUUAUCCACAACAUUGAUAUUGCAGAGAGCCUCAAACGUGCAAAUUUUGGUGGCUUCAGGAUCAGCUCUCUUACUCGGUUCCAGGUGCUCAUUGUUUUUUCAGAAGAAGAAGAUUAUUACAGACUCCUUACUAGGCGGAGCUGGAAGGUUUUGGAUGGCAGGUUGUAUCUCUCCAAAUGGUCUCCUUCAUACUUACAAUCUAAAGAAAGCCCUCUCUUCCCUAUUUGGGCUACUAUCAAGCAAAUUCCCAUACACCUUCAAGAUCCUAGAGCUCUUCUUCCCAUUACGAGGCUUAUUGGAAUACCUAUCAAAAUGGACGAGCGUACAGUUCAGGCAGAAUAUUUGAACACUGCUAGGGUUCUGGUAGAGGUCGAUCUUUCUAAGCAACUUCCUAGCAAGAUUAAGGUCAGAAUUGGGGAAACAAUUUAUUUCUUUCCGGUUAGUUUCCAGGAUGUGCCCAUUUUUUGCUCUAAAUGUAGCAGGUUUGGACACUCUUGCUAUACUGGGAAAAUCCCCUCCAACGAGCCCACCGGAAAAAUCCUCACCGGUGGGAAUUUUCAGACCGGAGGUAAUGGAUGCCUGGACCACUCCAAACACCAAGAGACAAAGGGGAAAUGGGUCCUGGUAGAGCACAAAAAGAAAGCACCAAAAGUGGGAAGGACCUCUUUUCAGAAUGGGGGGUCGUGCACUAACAUUAUUAUGCCCAAGCCAUGUACUACUUUACAAUUGGAAACAGCAGAUCAUGUGGACUCCUCCAAGGCCCACGCUGCAGGCACCUCACAGGUUCUCUCCCCUGUCCCCACACUUAGGCCCUCCCCUACCCAUUCUUUGGCCCCAUCCUUGGUGAUAGUCACCGAUCCCAUCUCCCCCUUGGAAGACCAUUUUCUCAAGAAGUAUAUGCAUAAAGGAAGUAAGGAUGACAUGGCCGUAUCCAAGGGAAACAGAGCCAGUGAUGAAUUCUUACAGCAAGUACUUGGUUUGAAGGAAUCUAAACUUGAAGACAUCAAUGAAAUUACUACUCAUUCAGAUCUUGAUGAACAUGAGGUUAUGGAUCAGUCCCCUCUUGAACCAUUUGAACUCAAUACACCAAAACCUGGGAGCCCAGGCCUUCUAAUUACUAGAGGAGGGGGGAGUGGCUCGGACCACAAACCAAUCCUCCUUAAAGGUGCUAUAAACUCCUACAAAGGGCCCAAAAUGUUCAGAUUUCUCAACUGCUGGGUUUCUAAUGACACCUUCAUUCCUAUGGUUAAAUUGAAUUGGGAAAAGUCUAGCAAUGUGAAUGGAAUGUCAGGCUUUGCUGAGAAACUCAAGAUCCUUAAAACAGCGAUUAAGGAGUGGAAUGUUUCAACGUUUGGAGAUAUCUUCAAAAAUGUUAAAAUGGCUGAAGAAGAGGCACUUGCUAGACAAAACUCCUUUGAUAAUAAUCCAACUGAAGACAACCGAGCUGCUGCAAACCUUGCAUCAGCCAAACUUCUAAAUGCUUGUAAAAGGGAGGCUAGUUACUGGUUCCAAAAGUCUAACAUCAAAUGGAUGAAGGAAGGAGACUCCAAUUCAAAGUUCUUUCACUCGGUGGUCAAGGGAAAGAGGGCUAAACUCAAGAUCACAGCUAUAAAAGAUGAGGAGGGAGUUAACCACAUAGAUAAUAACAAAAUCGCUACCCUAGCUGUUGAGCACUUCACCAAGCUUUUUGAAGAGAGUCCUUGCAAAGCUUCUGAGGAAACCCUGAGAUAUAUUCCAUGUACAGUUACAGCCGAAGACAACAACUCUUUAAAAAAGCUUCCUUCUAUGGAAGAAGUGAAACAAGCAGUGUGGUCGCUCAAUGAAAAUGCAGCUCCAGGUCCUGAUGGCUUUAAUGGCUUUUUUUUCAGGGCCUGUUGGGAUAUUAUCAAAAUAGAUCUCCUUAAGGCAUGUCAGGAGUUCUUCUUAGGAGUUAAGGUUCCGGUUGCUUUUGCAAGCACAAUUAUCACCUUAAUUCCCAAGGUAAAUAGUCCCAUCAAAUGGAAAGAUUUCAGGCCAAUAUCCUUAUCAACUUUCAUGAGUAAGAUUAACUCUCGUAUUCUGGCAACGAGACUUAGCAUAGUUAUCAACAAAGUCAUUGGGCCUGAGCAAGCUGGAUUCCAGCAAGGGAAAUCUGUUGAUUAUCAGAUUCUCUUGGCUCAAGAGAUGGCUCACCAUCUUGAACGCAAGGUUGAAGGGAUAUUAUCAAGGCCAACCUUCCAGACUCUGCCAACUGGAAAAGGAUCUGCAAGGCUCACACAUACUUGGCUGAGGAGGUCAGGGAUUCUUUUCUAAACUCCAGUUUCUGCAUGAAGGACACUUACAACCUGCUUAGGGACUCAUCUCCUAUCCUCUUCUCGACAAGAUACACAUGGAACAAGCUUCUACCAGGGAAGAUUCGUCUGUUCCAAUGGAAAAUAAUAAAUGGUUGCUUCCCCU